AUGUCAGCGUCGUCGAAACUGACCGUCCAAGCUCUCCAGCUGGGGGAUCCAUAUCCCGGUCGUCAACACACCCUGUUGUCUCAGAUACCAACAUGGGCGGAUAUGGUCAAUUUUGGUCAGGGGAAACCGCAGCACCUGGCGGCUGUCACCCACGGCUAUCCCAGAUCCAUCCUCCAUCCGGAUGUUUGCCACCUCGGCUCCCGGAUAAAAGCCAAGCUUCACAAGGGAGAUGAAGAUCAUUUAGUCUUAUUGUUCUCCAAUCCGAGACUCGCCCUUUCAUGUAGGGAAUAUAUGAUUCACCUCCUGCGACAUGAGAAGGACUCAACAGAAAACGGCGAUUCCAUCAGGUUGCACUCCAUCGACUUCAAACCCUUGUGUCUUGACUAUGAGGACGGUCCUUCGAAGCCCUUGCUCCACGCUGUUUUGUUCCGCUCUGAAGCGUCCUUUUUUGCGCGUGCCUUUUGGCAACGCGCUGGACCUGGAAUCUCAUCCCGACUAGCACAGUACUGUCUCCAGAGCUUCGACAACGCGCGAAUUGUGUCCUUCCGUCCCGUUCCUGGAGACAUUCCAAGACCAAUUCACCAUGUCGCGUAUGAAACCAUCCGCUCCAGGAUCGCAGGUCUGCUCGACCGCGCCCCAACGCCCCCGGUUAGAUGUAAACAGACUGCCCCUUCCGAUGUGUUUCUAUACCAAUCCGGAAUGGCAGCCGUAUAUCAGGUGCAGCAAUUGCUUGUUGCCUGGCGUGGAGGUGAAUCAGCCCAUGUGGGCUUUCUUUACGAGCCGACACUGAAGGUCCUGGAAACACGGGGCCCCGGGCUCUGGUCUUACAGUCUGGGAACGGAGGCGGAUUUGGAUCGACUUGCUACCCAGCAAGAUCUGCUAUCCCAAGAAGGUCGGCCUAUACAAGCGAUCUGGUGCGAAUGUCCAAGCAACCCCCUGCUCAAGACCGUCGAUUUCCACCGCUUGCGCCAACUAGCAGACAAAUACGAUAUGGUCUUGAUCGUCGACGACAGCAUUGGAAGCUUUGCCAACGUCGACAUGCUGGGGGUUGCAGAUAUUGUGAUAACCUCGCUGUCUAAAGUAUUUAGUGGAAAGGCCGACGUGAUGGCCGGAAGUGUAAUUCUUAACCCCAAUUCCCCGCAUUGGGCCGAACUUCAUGAGCAGAUGGCCUCAUUCUACCAAAAUGACCUAUUCAUUGACGACGCUAUUCGGCUGGAAUACAACAGUCGGGAUUUCCUUGAUCGGGUGGCGCGAAUCAACAAGACGACGCUAUAUCUCAUCAAAAGUCUUGCGCCCCUCGUCUCAGAUCCCUCCAGUCCAAUCACUCGGCUCUUCUAUCCCUCUGUCUGUUCGUCCCUCCCGUUCUACGAGCGGCAAAUGCGCCCUGACACGGAAGAGUUUCGUCCGGGCUACGGGGGGCUGUUCACCAUCGAGUUUGCUACAGUCGCGACCGCUGCUACAUUCUUUGACCAUCUGCAUGUUUAUAAAGGCUUUUCCUUUGGAGCGGACGUCAGCAUCGCCACCCCAUACGUGCAGAUGACAAUGCAGCAGGGUAAAGAUCAGGCAGCAGCAUAUGGCGUCAAAGAGACCAUUAUUCGCUUCUCUACCGGGCUGGAGGAGCCGGAAGAGAUCCUCGAGCGGAUGAACACAGCUCUUCGGGCGGCAGAUCAGGCUUGGGUGCGGGAAUCGGGCUUUUAA